AUGCAGCGACCACGUGAAGCGCUCGCGAGCUACGACGUCAAUGACGACACGACACCAGCGAUGCAUCACGGCCACGUGUCCAGUGGUCUCCGGUGGAACACGACGGACCACGUCGCGUGGAUCGAACAACCGCCAGCGGCACGUGAAGUCCCGCGCGUGGCGAUCAAACCCGAGCCAACCGUCGAUCCAGCGCCUGGGUUGACGAGUGUACCUAAAAUCAGUACUUUUUGUGGCCCGAGCCAUGACCUGCCAUUGGAGGCGUCGGCUCCUGCAUUUGACCCGACGGAAAUGGCUGCUUUCGGUUUUAUAUGUGGAACCUACGAUACCGACUUAAGUAGCAGCACGCGUGAUCACAGCCUGCUGCAACACCUGGAGCCACACCACGUGCCACUUGACGUCGUUCGGGCACAUGACGUUCCAUUGGAACUUCAACAUGGAAACAGUUCCUCUGGAAAGCAUUGGGAGCCGCUCCCACAAGUUCCAGUUGCGUUACUUCAGCCACCGACAGGCUCAACAGACGAGGCACCAGACUUGCUGGCAUCCCUGUCGUGUCUCACGUCAGACGAGUACGACGACGGCGAGCUGCAUGGCGAGUUUCAGCACACAGUGCACCUUCUGAUCCCGUCGAACGCUACUGCAGCACUGCUGGCGCGUCGUGGCCAACCAAUUCAGAACAUUGGGCAACAAGCAGAGUGCACUCUGUUUAUCCGGAACGCCGAUGCACUGCCAUACAAAGACGAUCGUCUGCUGUGCAUUCAAGGGACAGCCAAGUGCAUCAGCUUAGCGCAGCGUCUGGUCGUUGCGUACAUUCGCGCGUUUCGAGCGAAGAAGGGCGAUCCAAACUACACUGAUCUAGUGCACGGACACGCGGGUGUGCCGCUCGUAGCAGUGACCUCGAGCACGAGAGCCAUGGACGUUGCAGUUGCCUCGAAGAAGAAGAAGAAGGACGAGGUGAAGCUCACGAAUCCGUUUGUCUGGAUGGUACAGCGCGAAGACGUUGGUAAGAUGAUGGGGAAGCAAGGAAGUGUCUUGCAAUCGAUUCGUCGGGACACUGGCGCGUCCAUCCGUAUCGAAGACAAUGUCGUACCUGGCACGACUGAGAGGCGAGUAGUCCUGAGUGGACCGGUGCAGUCGAUUGCUGCAGCAGUAGAGAAGAUUCGAAGCCGGUCGGGCGGGCGGGCUGAAGUGGCUGCAAGUGCGACAAACAAUCGACGGGGACGGUAUUUUGCCAUUCCGUACCAUUCGGCCGGUUGUCUCAUUGGUCCGCAGGGCUCUACGAUCAAAAGCGUGACUGAGCGCACGGGUGCACGCUUGCAAGCUCCUUCCACAGAGGAUCUGCCUUUGGGUAGUAUCAAUCGCAUUCUCCAUAUCCAAGGCACUCCGAAACAGAUCGAGCACGCCCGGCGGGUCAUUAGUGCCAAGUUACGCGACUAUUUGGCCACUUCGACGAGUCCACAAGCAUGGAGCAUCGGUUCGACUGGCGCCAAGGGCGACAGGGUCACCAUCAAGGUCCUCCUGCCGUCUAGACUUUGCGGGUUUAUGCUAGCCGACCGAGGCAAGCUUAUUCGUGAGAUUUCCGAGAAGUCGGGGGCGCACACGCACUUCUUGGCCGCCCGUAAUGGAGACGGUAAUCGGGUCUGCGUAUUCACUGGCGACAUGACCUGCGUGCUUCGCGCGCAACGUCUCGUGCUGCAGUUCAUGGCAGGAGAUGCCAUCUCGUCGAAACGGGUAGGGGGUCCACGCCGAAAGCGAAAGCGUGUACAAGGAGGUGAAGAAAAGAGCUGCGAUCAUGACGAAGUGAAGGAAGAGUGCGUGAGUAAAGAGGAGCCGUGUUACGUCGGUGACGUGCGCGAAGAAAAUGGCGAUGGUGACGAGACCAACGCGGCUCCCUUUUCACUUCCUGUGCAAGAAACGCAUGCUCGUCAGCAGCCGAUUCGCCAUCCUCAACGUGUCUACGUAAAUGCCAAAGGCGAGCUGUACACGUAUGACGAUGACAUGAUGUGCAGAGCGCAUCUGCACCAGCCAAUGCGUCAACGGCCAGUCGUUAUUUGCCCCUGCGAGGCCCCUCGGGAUGACCACGCUCGCGUUGGAUACGAUUACAAUGAGUAUGGCCAUGACGAACGGAUGUUGUGCGACGUGCCUCGGCCUCGGUGUCCAACAGAGCUGACAGUCGUCCGUCUACAGCCCCCUGGAAGCCAUGAAGAUGAGUAUGACGAUGACUGUGACGAGUACGUUGAUGUAGAUGACGAUGCUGGUGCGCACGAGGAGACUAUCGUCGGAAAGCAGGAGCAAAAGCGACGACCAAUAUGCAGCCGUCUUCAGAACGCGCGUCAAUCGACUGCAUGUUCUGGUCGCAAAGUGCAGAUGAUAGUUACGAUGCCAAGUGCCCGUCAGAAACGGUCAAAGAAGAGCUCGACAAGCUCGAGUCGCGCGACAAAUGGUGGCGCUGUCUGUGUCAGUGAUACUUGCAGCAAAGCGCGUCCUCCCAGUGUGCCUCGAGAUGGAAAAGGAUGUGGUGGCCCCAAUGCGAAUCGCGGCCGUGCCAGUGGCAACAAACGCCGUUGUUAG